AAAAACACAGGCAAGAAGAAGCUAAAACUCCCCGGCAAGCAAAAACCGAGCUCAGCGACAGCCGGCCAUGGAGGAAGACGAGGCCGACACGCCGCCCUUCUGGCUCCAGACCUCCGGCAACCGGCGCCGGGCCCGCCGCGACUCGUCCGCCGCCCUCCCCCUCCUGCUCUUCCUCGCCGCCGCCGCCGUCGCCGUCGCCUUCGUCGUCUUCGUCGUCCCGCCCUUCCUCAGCCUCGCUUCCCAGAUCUUCAGGCCCCGUUCGGUCAAGAAGGGGUGGGACACUAUCAACGUCGUCCUCGUCCUCUUCGCCAUCAUCUGCGGGUUCCUCAGCAGAUCCAACCACGGCGGAGACGAGGGGUCGUCGGGCUCGUACCCGAGGUCGGACUCGCGGAAGUCGCCGUCGUCGACGUCGAACCCGUCGACGCCGUACAAGUGGUACGACAGCUACGACCGUCGGAGCUCCGAUCGGGGCGGAUAUGGGUUCUCCUCGAGUUCGUCUGGGGGGAUGAGAAACAGCAGCUCGUACCCGGAUCUGAGGGCGCAGGAUUCGCCGUGGACUUACGGCGGAGGACCGCGGAGAUUCUACGACGAUACCCAUCUUGUCGUGGGUCGGGGUUUCGGGUCGGAACCCGUCCAUUCCAGGAGAAGAUGGAACGAAGAAGAAGACGAAGAAGAGAAGAAGUUCGACAUCAAGCGUGUAGUUGCCGAUGAUAGUCGCUAUCGUAAUGCUGCAGUCGACGAAAUGGAAGUUCCAGUCACGCCUCCGCCGUCUGCUCCGCCGCCACUCCCGCCUCCCCCGCCGGAGACGCCGCCGCGAGCGCGGGCAGCUGGAAAUAAACGGAAGCCGAAGAGAACGUAUGAGACUGUUGCUCCCAUGACUAAGGAUGAGGUUGACAAACCGCCAGCAGCGCCGCCGGAGACACCGCCGCCUCCGCCGCGAGCGCGGGCGGCUGGAAAUAAACGGAAGCCGAAGAGAACGUAUGAGACUGUUGCUCCCAUGACUAAGGAUGAGGUUGACAAACGGCCGGCGACUCCGCCGGCGCCUCCGCCACCUCCCCCGCCGCCACCGCCCGUGAUUCAUCCGAUGGAGGAGAAGAGUGGGAAAAAGAGAGGUGGAUCGGCGACCAAGGAGUUCUUGGGCAUGCUGAAGAUAAAGAGGAAGAAGCAGAGACAAAAGAGCAUCGAGAACUUCGAGUCCCUCCUCGCCUCCCAGCCACUGCCGUCGUCUUCCCGCCUUCCGCCCACGCCGCCGCCGCUACCGCCACCUCCUUCUGUGUUCCACGCUCUGUUCCCAUCCAAAAAGGGUAAGACAAGGAAAGCUCUUCCGGCUCCGCCUCCUCCGCCGCCAGUUCCGCCGCCGCCGGCAGCUCAGCGCAAGACCAGGGAAAGACCAGCUGCAUUUCCUCAGUCCACCGCAGAUUUGAUCACCAUCAACAGAUCUCACACUCCCGAGACAAAGAGACUAAACUCCGAGUCUUCGGAUGACAGCACGAACAGCGGCGGCCUGUCGCCGUCGAUCCCAAUCCCUCUGCCUCCUCCGCCGCCGCCUUUCAAGGUGGCGCCAUGGAAGUUUGCCGUGAGCGGCGACUACGUGAGGAUCAAGAGCACGAACUCCUGGCGCCAUGGUACGCCAGAUACCGAGGACAAUGAGGGCGACGAUGAGGCCAGCGUCUCGGGGAUGACUGAGAGCCCGUCGAAUGCGUCGUCGGAAGCGACGUCGCCGGCGUUCUGUCCUAGCCCGGACGUGGACACGAAGGCCGACAGAUUCAUCGCGAGGUUCAGAGAUGGGUUGACCCUGGAGAAGAUGAACUCCAUUAAGCAGAGAAGGUCCAAUUUGGCGCCGGAAAGAACAGGAUGAGAAACCAGGAUGAUUUUUGGCGACGGGGAUGAGGUUUUGUUUAAGUAUAAAGAUUUGUUCUUUUUUUUUUUUCCCUGUUUGAGUUUUUGCUUAUUUAUUUGUUCAUAGAUGUGCAGAUUGAUUGACUGUUUUUGGAGUUGAGAUUAUAGUCGGGUCGAGUCGAGUCGAAUAACGCACACAAUGUUUAUACACGUAGAAGAUUGAAUCAUACACAGGGAAAUUGAAAUAAAUUCUAUCUUCCAUAA